AUGCCGCCGUCUAAAGGCAAAGGAAAGGGGAAGAAGAAAGGUAAAUCCAAGAAAACAAAAGACAGAGCUCCAGACGCAACAUGCAACUGCAUUUUACUAAGAGAAAUCAUCAUUGAUAUCCUUUCUCGUCUCCCUGUGAAGACCCUUUUACAAUUCAGGUGCGUUUGCAAGCCAUGGCGAAAACUCAUUUCCAAACCCAACUUCAUUGACACCCAUUUCCUCCAUUCCUCUUCUUUGCAGCCCAGUACCGGUUCUUCACCCAUUCUUUUACACACUCGCCAUCCCGAGUCCUCUGAUCAUCUACUCUCACUAAUCAACCUGUCCCACGAGUCAUCAUCAGUUGUGGAAGAACUUGAUAACCCUUUCCCUUUCUUCUUGCAAAAUAUGGUGGUUGUGGGUUCUUGCAAUGGCAUUGUGUGCCUUUGUCAGACACCUUUGGGUGAUGUCAUUAUUCUUUGGAACCCAGCUAUGAGGCAGUCUAGGAAUGUGCCGCUUUCGAAAAGCAAACCCAUUAUUGGAACGCACUCUUGUGUCUCCAUCGGAUUGGCGUACGAUUCACAAAAGAAUGACUUCUUGGUCUUGAGUAUUCAGAGUUUCGGACCAGAAACUAUGAUUGCGGAUGAAGUGGAAAUGUUUUCAACCAAGAGUUUCAGCUGGAAGAGGGUGCCAAAUGAGAUGGGGNCCAACUUAACAAGUUUUCUUUUCAUCUCCCAUCUAAGAAAGUAUAUUUUGUAA